GGACCUGUUCUCCGCUGCCCUCUGGCCCGCGGCCAUCUUUGUCCGGGUGGUAUGUGCCUAUCCGGGGUCCCAUGACCCGCCCCUGGUCUAAAUAUAAAUAUCCAAGCAGGGUGCAACGUGCUAAGGUCACAUUACAUCAUCCCGAGCAACAUAUUCUCGACGCAGUGGCACUGGGGGCAUGAGCAGCGGGCCCGCCGCAGGCUUCACGAUGUCCUGGCUCACACAAAGAAGUCGCCGGACCUCGUGACUCACUGUCUCCGUGUUGAGAGGGCUUGACGGGACCUAAGUGCUGGAAGAUGCAGCCCGAGCGACUCUGAACUUACUCCCCGGAGCCCAAAUUUUUCUCGACAUACUGCGGCCUGGAGUGGGUCCUAAGCUUAAUGUUGUUUUUUCCCUGAGACCUUUGGCAGACAUGGGUAAUGGAAUAAACAAGGUCCUGCCUGAUCUUUACCUUGGAAACAUCAGAGAUGCACGAGACAGGGAGCUGUUGGCGCAGCACAACAUCACCCACAUCCUGUCAAUCCAUGAUGCAGCUGCACCCGUCCUGGAGGACAUGACGUACCUUUGUAUAUCUGCCGCUGACCACUCAAAGCAAAACCUGACCCAGUACUUCAGGGACAGCAUCAUGUUCAUCCACGAGUCCCGACUGAAGGGGGAAGGCUGCCUCGUUCACUGUGUGGCAGGAGUGUCCCGCAGUGUGACUCUGGUGGUGGCGUACAUCAUGACGGUGACGGGCUGCGGCUGGGUGCGUUCUCUGGCGGCGGUGAGGGCAGCCAGGCCCUGCGCGGGGCCGAACCUGGGCUUCUUGCGGCAGCUGGAGGAGUUUGAAAGCACAAACCUGACAGAAUAUCGAGCCUGGUGGAAGGAUCGGUAUGGAAAUAACCCGUUGAAUGAUGAUGAGGCGAUCGAGGCUCUCUUGACGCGGAAAUCCACCUGCAGCAGCGGUGCCAUGGCGACCGGCGCCGCCCCCGCCGUGGCCACAGGCGGCACCUGAGAUAAAAUGUUCCCCCUGCCAGUCUGGUCUCACCUCAACGGAAGCGGCCGAGGACCGUGGGCCUCUGCUAGGACCAUUAAACGAGUGGACCGGACCAGCUGUUUGACGAAACUCUCUGCAUUUCGUGAUUGAUCACGCGGAGAGAAACAGCAGCAGAAACAGCUGUCUCUUAGAAAAUUCUGUAUCGGUAUAUGUUGAAUCUCAUUUUUGCAGAAUGGCUCGGCAGCCAUGUGAUGGGGGGGAUUUUUUUUUUUUUUUUUAUGGCAUUAUCUCGAGUCCCCUCCGUCAUGUCAUGUCCUUGCCGCUAACUGUCAAAACAACAUGCAAGGGCAGUCAAGCUUGACACCAAGGAAACACAUACAUACAGUCCAGUGUGAAUGCACAUUUGGCAGUGUGCACUCCCCCUGUCAGUUAUGUUAUGCUGUGUCUUUUACUUGAAAUAUGAGUAUUACUUUCUAUAGACAGUGGGAAAGCUGAAGAAUACUGUAUCUUCCAGUAAAACACUUUCAACAGA